AUGAGAAUUUUCAGUUUUAUAUUACUUGCAAUGCUGGCGGUCAGCAUUGGAGAUACUGAUAGAAAGCAUUACAUAGUCUACAUGGGACAACACUCGCACCCGAGCUCAGAGUCUGUCAUCUCAGCUAACCAUGACAUGCUUGCAUCGGUUCUCGAAAGUUAUAGUGGAGCAAAAGAAGCAACAAUCCACCAUUAUACUAAAAGUUUUAGAGGCUUCUCGGCAAUGCUUACACCUGAUCAAGCAACAAAACUUUCAGAAAAUGAAGAUGUUGUUUCGGUCUUCGAGAGCAGGAUGAAUCGAUUGCAUACGACCAAUUCAUGGAAUUUUUUAGGAAUAGAUUCUAUUCCUCAAUAUAACAAGCUCCCUAAAGAUAUACAAUCAGAUGUUAUUAUCGGUGUCAUUGAUUCAGGUGUAUGGCCAGAGUCACAAAGCUACAAUGACUAUGGAUUAGGGCCUGUGCCGACGAGAUUCAAGGGAGAAUGUGUGUCGGGGCAGAAUUUCACACGCUACAACUGCAACAGGAAACUUAUAGGAGCCCGAUACUACUCCAAAGGAUUCGAAGCGGUAAAUGGUCCUCUUGAGAGUUUUAACCAAACUUUUUUCAGAUCAGCACGAGACAGCAAAGGCCACGGGACACACACAUCAUCUAUUAUUGUUGGAUCAAAGGUUUCCAAUGUUAGCAUGUACGGGCUAGGCUCAGGCACCGCAAGAGGGGGCGUGCCAAGUGCUAGACUGUCUGUAUACAAACCUUGUUGGUUCGAUGAAUGUACAGAUGCCGACAUUCUUGCAGCAUUUAGCGACGCUAUUAAUGAUGGUGUCGAUAUUAUUUCCCUAUCUCUUGGUCAAGGCCCUCCCCAACAAAUUUACUUUGAAGAUGCAAUUUCUAUUGGUUCAUUUCACGCGUUUCAGAAAGGUAUUGUUGUAAGUGCGUCGGCUGGUAACAGCUUCUUUGCAGAAACAGCUACGAAUGUGGCUCCAUGGAUCCUCACCGUCGGUGCUAGCACCGUCGAUCGUGAGUUUCCGUCAUACCUACUUCUUGGGAAUCUUAAACAGCUGAAGGCUUUCGGGGUAAACACAAAUCCAGAUCAAGGGAAACGGUAUAGUUUAAUAUACGGGGCCGAUGCUGCAGCGUCAAGAAUUCCAUCUAGAAAUGCAAGUUUCUGCAAGAAAAAUACAUUGGAUUCAAACUCAAUCAAGGGGAGAAUCGUGGUAUGUAUUCUCGAGGAGCUUGGUGACGACAAGGAUGAGAAGUUGACUGCAGUAGAAGAAGGCGGUGGUGUCGGGAUGAUCCUCGUCGAUCCCCUUGCGAAAUACAUAUUGCAUCAGUCAGUAAUUCAAAGCGUUUUAAUCGGGGAAGCCGAAGCUGAGGAGCUUUAUAAGUACAUGACAACCGAAAAGAAUCCAACGGCUAGGAUCUCCCUAACGGUAACAAAUGUCGGGAUUAAACCAGCACCAGCGAUUGCGGUCUUCUCCUCCAAGGGACCAAACGUUAUAACUCCUGACAUCAUUAAACCGGAUAUAACCGCACCAGGAGUGAACAUUUUGGCCGCAUGGUCUCCUGUAUCGACAGCAGACAGCAUCAACUAUAACAUUCUCUCUGGCACCUCUAUGUCGUGUCCACAUGUAUCUGCGGUGGUUGCACUAUUGAAAUCGGUUCAUCCUUAUUGGAGCCCAGCCGCGAUAAAGUCUGCAAUAAUGACCACAGCAACCAUCGCUGAUAACACCCGAAAUUUCAUAAGGAACGACGACUCUUCAAAUGCGAUGCCUUUUGAUUACGGAUCAGGACACAUAAAUCCAGCCGCAGCAAUAGAUCCCGGGCUCAUUUAUGAUUAUGACACCAACAAUCUCAUCGAUUUUCUUUGCAGCUAUGGGGCAAGCGUUGCACAAAUCAAGAACUUGACCGGAACACCGGUUUACUGCAAGAAUCCUCCCAUACCCUCCUAUAACUUCAACUAUCCUUCUAUCGGUGUUUUUAAUAUGUCUGGAAAUGUAUCGGUUUACAGGACUGUUACAUAUGUCGGUGAAGGCCCAACUGUUUAUUAUUCAAAACUACAAGCAAUUACAGGAGUAAGAAGUUCGGUUUAUCCUAAUGUCCUUAGGUUUUCGAAAUCAGGGGAGAAGUUGACUUACAGGAUCGAUUUCGUACCUUAUAAGAGCAGCAAUGGCAGCUUCGAGUUUGGAUCAUUGACAUGGAGAAAUGAUGUUCACAUGGUUAGGAGUCCUAUUGCGGUUAAUGUGGCUUCGGUUUGA